AUGUCCUCAAAACUCACUUCACUUUCUGCUUAUCGGUCGUUGCUGAGAGCCAGUCGUCUGGUAUUCAAUGGCGACACCCGAACACUCAAUCUUUCUCUCCGACAAAUACGUACUGAAUUUGAAAAGAAUAGAUUUGAAAAGGAUGAAAAGAAGAUACAAAAACUCAUUUCCGAUGCUCAGGAAGCCUCCUCAUUUUUAAUUUCCUCCGUUCUCCAGGGAGUGAAAGAACAAGAUGGCUUCAAAAUUCGACUCAAUAAGAAACAAGUAGAGGCUAAUUUGGAUGCUAACGUAACAAUUAAAGGAAUUGAUGAUCAAUAUUUGGAGAAUUUAGAAAGAAGAGCCGGAAGGAAAAAGAAUAGAGGAGAAAAUAGUGCUGAUGAGACGGCUGUUGAGCAACAACAACAACCUUCAACGGAAUCUAGUUGUUGCAAAUCAUCCUCUCAACCUGCAAGUAAUUAA